CACUUAUAAAUAAGCCGCUUCUCCCUUCAGACUCCACAGGAAUUAAAAAACCUAGUUUUUCUUAUUUUCCUCUCUAUCUCAGCCUCCAUUCAUAUAUUUUUCUAAUCAAAAACAUGGCUCAGCUUUCCGUCAAGAGCUUUCAGCUCCUCAGUAGAAGAUCAUAUGCAGUGGCAGCCGAUAACAUGAAGGUGCAAGCAGUGGCAUCAGUUAUGAGGAAUGCAACGGAAUUGAGGGCAGAAGUUUUGGCAGAGCAGAAGGAAACGUUCUGGAUGAGAGAUCCCAAGACCGGCAACUGGAUUCCAGAGAAUCAUUUUGGCGACAUUGACGUUGCAGAACUGAGGGAAAAAUUUCUUUCCAAGAAACAGAAAUAAAAGUUUGACAACAAUACGCCAAUUCAACGACCUGACUUAGAACAAGAGUUACAGCCUGCAAAGACUUGUAAGCCUAAGCGAGUGAUCAGUUUCGUCUGAUAAUGUUAAGUAGGGUUCUUGCUGAUUUCUGUUACUGUCUACUCAAUAAAUUUGACUUGCUUUCCUGUUGUCCA